CCACAACAGAUGCUCUCAAGGCUAAAGACGAGGACAACAAAUAAAUAUCUUGUGACAUUGUUCGCAUCUGUAACAUUUCAACGACCACCAGGGCCGUUCAUUUUAUUUCCUAUUUUCCGCUAUGAUCUCCGCUGCUAAUAGAUCCUCAAGAUGUAGGAAAAAUAAUAGUCAAGUUGGACGAAAAUUUCGUCCCUUUGAACUUUGUAACAAGAACCCAAACGAAAAGCAUCGUGGCAAUACAGUAGUGCAACCAGAGCCUACGACUAGCUCAUCACCUGUUGCAUUCUUGCCAAGCUCAAUUGCUUCGUCAGGUAAGUGCGGUACAAUUUUAUCAACUAAACCUUCGUUUCUUUCAAUACUUCUUUCUCAAUACGUGUACUUUGCAUUCUCCAUUCAUAUUGCAAUAGUCGGCCCUGCAUCUCUAGUGGGUGGCACGGCAGCAAUCUACACGUCUUUGCUCCAGCACCCUAGUUCAACCUUGAAUCAGCUGUCAUUCGUUCUUAUGAUGGUAUUGGCAAUCCAGUACGCGGUGCAACCUCGACUGUCUCGGAAAUACAUUUCCCCUAAAAUCAAGAAACAGACGGUAGCAUUGGUGGAAGAAGUUACUAAGACAGGUUUUGCUGCAGCAAUCUUCUUUUCAAAACCAUCUGCCGAGAUUCAAAACGCCUUCAAAGGUAAGCAGGACGACACUUGCGACAAACGUGACAUCGAUCAUCAUUGAACCUGAUUUUUUCGUUCAAUCAAAUAUGACUUGUUCGUCCUUCUCAAUUUUUGUGUUAUUUUGUAUUUUUCAUUUUAAAGGUUGGUCUCUUUCCUCUUCGUUGGCAUGUGCAGGCUUGCCUGCCGUGCUCUACGCCCUGCAAGGCGUUUUGCAGUACGUCUCGUAUCAGCACCUUGAUUCGGUGACAUUCAAUGGGUUAACGCAAACCAAGACACUGA